AUGGCGUCUAACAGCGACAUGGUUUCGGUUGCUGAACAGGAAUUCAGUUGCCCGAUCUGUUUGGAUCUAUUUGAAGAGCCGAAGUGUCUUCCAAACUGCGCUCAUAAUGUCUGCGGACGCUGCUUAGAAGGAAUGGACAAGCUAGAAAACAACUCGAUCGAAUGCCCAGUGUGUCGAGUGGAGUCCAUGAUACCCAAGGAUGGAAUCGCUGCUUUUCCCAAGAAUCAUUUGUUAGUUCGAUUGAUUGAACACACUCCUGGACUCAAAGAGAAGCAGACUAUAGAGGAAGUGAUGAAAAAUUGCAAACAGCAGUUAGAGGAAGCUAAAUCCGCUAUUAAAAGUAUGGAAGUUCGCUUUGCCUGUGCCACGCGCGAAGUUGAGCAGACUAAACAAAGGGUUAAGGCUCUGGCCGAGUAUGUUGUAACCAUGGUGCGAGAGCAAGAACGGAAGAUGCUUGAAGAAAUCGAUCAGAAAUGGGAUCAAAGUCAACCCGAGACGAAGUUUGAAUCAAAAAAGGCUAGCAAUAACGCUGUAUGCGAUAAUGCCUCCAGCUGUAUUCAGACGGUGGAAGACAUUCUACAUAAUGGAGAAUUGAGCGAUCUUAAAGACCUCAAAGACGCUUUGGUGGAAGAGAUGGGCUGUUUCUCAAGCUCCUUGAAAAAGAGUAUAGCUGAGGUAAACCGUGAAUUUGCAGAGCCCUUUGGUGUAUCACUGACCGACACUGGAUCAGUUGAAGGAUUUAUUGAAAAUAACUGCUUGCUUGGUAAACUUACCAUCAAUACUGCUCCGGCUUCCUCUCAUCAAGAAAUUUCAUCUGCCUCAAAUGGCCCCUCUGUCGAUUCUAAAACAAACAUAGAUUAUUCAAGAUGUGGAUCUUUGAUUCAGACUAUAGACAGUUCUUCAUGUGGAAUAGCACAGUUUACACCACUAUCAGUGGCAGUUUCUAGAAACACAGGUCAUUUUGUAGCACUGGAUGAAGAAAUGAAGCGAGUUCAUAUCUUUAAUGAAGAUGGGGAAGCCUUACAUACCUUUCGCAUCAUGUAUGGUGAUCUCUGGGAUAUAGCAGUUUCAAUUGAAGAUGAGAUCAUCGUCGUAAAUCGUGAAAGUAACCGCCUUUUGCAUUAUGACAUGAAUGGUAACUUUAGGAGAAAGUUUGUGACUACCCCUAAGGAAAAUGUCAAGUUUACCUCACUAUCUGUCGACUGCAGUAGUGGAUGUCUCAUUGUAACAUCACACCCAUCUUAUUCUGAAAGUGAAGAUGAUACCUUGCCACGUGUUCUUGUGUACAGUCCCAUGGGAGUUUUCACCAUGUCAUUUGGCGAAGGGAGACUUUCGUCCCCAGAAAAAGCAGUCUUCCUAAAGGACAAGUACUUUGUGGUAGAUUCUUCUCGUCAAAGUGUGGUAGUGUUUAACAAAGAUGGGGAAUUUCAUAAAGAAUUUGGUGGUGGUCAGUUGGAGUGCCCUUGUAGUAUAGCAGCAGAUUACAAUACUGGAAGCCUUAUUGUGUGUAACCGUGGUAACUGCACACUUCAUAUUUACAGCCAAAAUGGAGAGCUUCUUCACCAUUUCAGAACAGAACAUUCUCCUGUACAGGUUGCCUUAAGCAAGAGCUACGACAAUCUCUUGAUUUGCUGUCAAGUUGAAGACAACAAAAAGAACAUUCAGAUGAUAACGUAUGUAUAA